AUGGAUAAGGAAGAUGAGAAAGAAACACCAAUGGAAAAGGACAAUAUGAAUGAGGAAGAUAUCGAGAUGAACGAGAAAGAUAAAGAGAUUGAUGAGGAAGAUGGAGAAGAUAAGAUGGAUGAACAAGAAGAUACACAGAAGGAUGAGGAGGACUAUCGAGAAGUUACUGAUGACAUUAUAGACGAUGACAUUAUAGACUCGCAAAAAGGACACCACAAGCAUAAAAUCAAAAGAAAUGUUCUAAUUGGAUCAUAUGAUACUGGUGGGCUAAAUAUGCCUCAUAUUGAAUCCUUCUGUUAUGCACUGAAAAUGACAUGGAUCUAUAAAUUAUUGGACCCUUUCAAUCUUUCUCCUUGGAAAAUUCUUUUCAAUGAUAAAUAUAGAAAAUAUGGUGCAGAUAAAAUAUGGAUGAUGAAUAAGGAUAGUAUUAAACAAAUUUCAAUAUAUUUUAAUAGAUUUUGGAAGGACAUCCUUCUUAAUUGGGUCAAACUGAGGAAUGCUGCCCAUGACCAAAAUGACUUUAUAGGCCAACCUAUUUGGUUUAAUGCACUUAUAAAAAUUGAUAAUACAACUAUUUUCUAUGAAAAAUGGUGUGAGGCAGGAAUAUUUUCUGUCAAUGAUUUACUGAAUGAGAACAAUGAAUUUCUCUCUUUUAAUCAAUUUAAAGAAACAUACGAUAUUAAUACAAAUUUUCUUCAAUUCUAUGGUCACUGGGAUCUUUUCUAUAUGCAUCCUUUCAAGUGUUCUGUGAGUAAUAAACUGAUCAUUUUUCAAUACAAAAUUCUGCACAGAAUUUUAUGCACAAAUGAUCUGCUAUACAAGUGUAAACUUAAAGAAACGCACCUAUGCAGUUUUUGCAAUGAAACAAAAGAGACAAUAGAACAUAUUUUUUGGGAAUGUUACAUUGUCAACAUUUUUUGGCUUCAACUAGUUGAUACAUUACAUUCAGAUAGCAAUUAUGAGCUUCUAAUAUGA